ACAUGGGGGUGAAUAAAUUAUCAGGAAAUUUUUAUUUGAAAGUGAACUAAUCCUUUAAUAGCUGUAAUUAGGCUACUGUUUUUGCGGAAACUGUCAUGAUAGCCUACAUGUUUGUAACUGAGAUACACUAACUGUGAACAACACAAAUGCGUGUGAAUCUCUAAGCUUUAGAGGAGAGUGGGGAUGGUUGCAACACUUUUUGCAUUUCCUUCAAUUUCUUAGAGGCUAUUUGAAUUUGAAAGGCAAAUUUUUAAUACAGUAAACCCACAUCUGUCAGCUACCCACCAACACCGGUGUAACAUGAGUACAUAUGAUAAUAUACAUACAAUUUUACUUGAAUAGACAAAGUCAAAUGUUGCAACUGACCCCAUAAGAGGGGAUGGUUGCAACAUUCAAUAAAAUGUAAUUAAAAUCAUUCUUUAGCAUCAUUAAUUUGCUUUUUAAGUUAAAUUAACUGUAUAAAGACAUAGUCUAGUAAAAGGAAAAAAAAAACAUUUUCAAGUAACAACCAUGUUUUGGCUAAUUGUUAAAAUAAAUUUGCACUACAAAAUAUUUUAAUUGUAAAUCAAGACUUUGAAAUUCACUGAAAAACUUUUGUGUACUUCUCUGAACUGUGUGUGUGUGUGUGUGUGUGUCUGAACAGAAAACAACAAAUUAAAAGCAGGCUACAUUGUGGCCUAGACUGACAGUAUUUACUUAAAAAAGGGAGAUACCUGGCUAUUGAAAGAUGUAAUUAGAAGUUAGUAAUUAAUUACUUUUGAGAGUAACUUACACAAUACUGGUUAUGACAAGCUUUUACAUUAAUGUCAUCAUUGGGACAGUUGCAACAGUGUGUUGCAACUGUCCCUACACUGACAGCCAUGAAAAAACUUGCUGUGCUAGCUUGAGACAAUAGCCUUGACACAUGAUAGCUAUACCUUUUAGAAGAAAACACUGAUUAAAAUGAUAUAACUUUAUAAUUCUUCACACAAACAGCUAAGACAGUAUGACAAAAAUUCUGAGCAUGAAAAAAUUACUUCUUUAGUAAAAAAAAAGUAUUUUUUUGUAGAAGGAAUGGUCACAUGUGGCUGCUUUCUUCCAGAAAGGAGGAGAGGGUUAACUUGAGCAUGUGUUGUAAGAGUAUCAUCACUCUAGCCAUGUUGCAACCGUCCCCACUGUUUGUUGUGGGAUUUAGGAACAGGUUUAGGUUCUUUCUAUUAAAAAUGCUUUCAGAGAGCUAUAAGGAAGUGUACAUAUUUCAAAGGAAAGUGUAGCUACACAGACAAAUCAGGUGUGGCAUUUGACCUCAUCUGAUAUGACCACACACCUGCUGGCUGCGCGAGACAGAGAGCCAAAACUCAGUCGAGUGCGGAAAAUCACACGCGAUACGAUGAUCGCUGUGUAAUUAGCUCCUAAAGAAAAAGGGACGUAUACUUAUGCUUAUGAAUGGAACAAUAUGCAGGAAUGUAAACUAUUUUAACAUUUGUUUUUUUAUCUUUUAGGCAACAUAUUUACUAUUUAAAAUAUGGUGUUUAAUUUCGAUGUAAGGACGCAUCUCAGCGUUUUUAUUUUUUGCGUAAUUUUUGUGUAUGGAUUUAGAGCAAACGCCAAUGUUGCUUAUAAAACGACAACCUCUCCAUCUAAACUUCCCCCAUGGAAAACGAUGGGUGAGACUGAUGCUGACCCGGGCAAAACCCAAACGGUGUUUACACUGAACUACCCUCGUAUUCAGAUCCCGUUUGAGAUUACUUUAUGGGUGCUGCUUGCUUCAUUUGCCAAAAUAGGUUUCCAUGUCUACCAUAAGAUCACGGUCUGGGUGCCGGAAUCCUGUUUGCUGAUCUCCAUUGGUUUCAUAGUGGGAGGCAUCAUGCACUUGGUGCACGAGCAGCCACCAGCAGUUCUCACCUCCAACGCCUUUUUCCUUUACAUGUUGCCACCCAUUGUUCUAGACUCAGGCUACUUCAUGCCCACUCGGCCUUUCUUUGAGAAUUUUGGUACGGUGCUGUGGUAUGCUGUUGUUGGCACCUUGUGGAAUUCUAUUGGCAUUGGCAUCUCCCUGUUUGCCAUCUGCCAGAUCGAGGCUUUUGGUGUGCAGGACAUUAACCUGCAGGAGAACCUCCUCUUCGCCUCCAUCAUCUCUGCCGUAGAACCGGUCGCUGUGCUCGCUGUGUUUGAGGACAUCAGCAUCCACGAGCAGCUCUAUAUUGUGGUAUUUGGAGAGUGCCUGUUCAAUGAUGCUGUCACUGUGGUGCUGUAUAAUCUUUUCAGUCAUAUAGCAGUGAUGCCUGUGGUUGAAGCUGGAGAUGUUUUUCUGGAUAUAGGUAGUUUUUUUGUGGUGGGUUUGGGCGGUGUGCUUUUGGGUCUACUGUUUGGUUUUGUAGCAGCCUUCAGCACACGCUUUACUGGAAAAGUGAGAGAGAUCGAGCCUGUUAUCAUCUUCCUGUACAGUUACAUGGCCUAUCUCAUAGCCGAGCUCUUUGCCAUCUCCAGCAUCAUGGCCAUUGUAACCUGUGCUUUGACUAUGAAGUAUUACGUGGAGGAGAAUGUAUCCCAGCAUUCCUGCACCACUAUUCGCCAUGUCAUUAAGAUGGUUGGAAGUGUGUCAGAAACUCUGAUCUUUUUCUUCCUGGGUGUUGUUACCAUAACAACAGAGCACGAGUGGAACUGGGGCUACAUCCUCUUUACUCUGCUAUUUGCUCUGCUUUGGAGAGGCCUGGGAAUCCUGGUCCUAACGCAGAUCAUUAACCCUUUCCGCACAAUUCCGUUCAACGUCAAAGAUCAGUUUGCUUUAUCCUAUGGUGGGCUGAGAGGAGCCGUGUCCUUUGCCUUGGCCUUCACUCUCCCUGAGAGCAUUGGUCACAAGAAGCUAUUCAUCACAGGCACGAUUGUCGUCAUCAUCUUCACAGUGUUCAUUCAGGGAAUCACAAUAAGACCUCUUCUAAAAUUAAUGAAUGUCCGUAAGACAAAUCGUAACCUUGAGACCAUUAAUGUUGAGAUUCACAACAGGUUAAUGGAGCACACUAUUACAGGCAUUGAAGAUAUAUGUGGACAAUGGAGUCACUACUAUUGGAAAGACAAGUUCAUGAAGUUUAAUAACCGGAUCAUUCGCAAGAUUUUAAUCCGCGAUACCCGUCCAGAGUCGAGCAUUGUGGCUCUGUACAAGAAACUGGAGCUUCAGAACGCCAUGGAGAUUCUGGACACAAUGUCCGGUGACAUCAGUGCAGCUCCCAAUUUAAUUUCAUUACAUGAAGAGAGAAAGAACGCCUCAAAGUCCAGGAAGAAGUUCUUGCCAUCUGAUGUGACAAAUAUGCAUGAACUCUUAUCGAAGAACAUGUACAAGAUCAGACAGAGGACAGUGUCUUAUACCAAUAAGCAUUCAUUACCCACUGAUAUCACAGCCAGAGAGAUCCUGAUGAGACGGCACACAAGCUUAAGACGCAGCCUCAGAGCUGGAAGCUUCCAUGGCACUAAUGCUGCAAAAAUGUCCCAGAAGUUUUUGUCUCUGCCGAUGGGUCAGAGUCUGAACUCUGGAUUUCCUCCAGGGAGAUUCGGUCACACAGGAGAUGGUGAUACUGAAACCGAGAUUGAUUAUCCGUCAAACAGGCCCAUGUUCAGGCACCCAAAGAGAUCGUCAUCUAAAGCAGCGAUGCCUCUCAGGCCGCUAGACACUCUGAAGGAAGUGGCUUCCUCUGUGAACAUGUUGGAUGAACAAAAUGAGCAGCAGAUGGGCUACAGGACGUCACAUCUGAGGUCAAACAUUAGCCAUUCAAGACAUCAGACCUCAAAUAUGCCUUAUGGCUCGUCUAGAAAUUAUAGUAACAAAGACUGUGAGGGUGGAGAACAGCAAUCAUGGCCGUCUCCCCACACAUGGGUACAGAAACCUCAGAAUGAUGUACAGCAGCCUUUGAUGAGGAGACCACGCUGAUCUACAGGGAUGGAUGCUGUUAAUGCAGCUGGACUGCUAUAACCUGUGGAAGAGAUCACACAACUCUGAAGCAAACUAAAACACUUACACUGGAGAGAAAGGGAAGAAUUUACUCCAUGUUAAUCAUAAUCACAAACUAUUCCUACGCAAGACAUUUGCAUAAGAGCUUUCUAUGACACUAAAACCAGCAGAAAUAGCGAAAUAUAGGUCUUAAAGCCACAUACUGUAUUGCAUAUUUAAAUUGGGUGCAUUGUCAUUUUCAUUAACAAGUUUGUUUAUUUGUAACUUACUGAAUUGAAUGUUAGCUUUGGGAACUAAAAUACUGCUAUUCAUGAGAUUUAACUGGAUUUAAGUUAAUUACAUUAUUUAGUCACAGAUAAAUAUAAAUAUGGUAAAUGAAAUUUCUAAAUGAAACAACUUGAUCCAUGAAAGUGGGAUUUGUUUAUAGGACAUGGGCACAAAUAUUAAAUUAUAAUAUAUAUAUUAGUUCAAACAGUCCUCCAAUGUACAGUAUGAUACUAUUCAUAUGAUUAUAUUUUUUGAACUAAGAAGGAAACUAAAAUUACAUAAUACCAGAAUUUUGUGUAUGCUCAGGCUACUUAUAUUUUUAUCUGUUUGAAAAUAAAACAUUAUGUUCUUAGAUAAAAAAAAAAUGUGUAAUUAUGCUCUGGUGUGAACACUAUAUUCCUGACAUUAACAAACAAACAAACAAACAAAAAAAGCAUACAUUUAAAUAAAUGUAUAUACAUGACAUAAAUUCAGAU